AUGUUAUCUUGCUUUGUAAGGUCACGAGCACCUUACUUCUCGAGAUUGCAACUCAAUGGCUUUGUUGCCAACAAUGGAUAUCCUACAACUUUGAUCAGUCCAUCGUCAACAUUGAACAGACAUUGGACAAGCAGCACCAGUAUUAGUAGUAAUGGAACACAGGCGUCGAACUCAACAUCAUCAUCAACAUCAUCAACAACAUCAUCAACAGACUAUGCGCCACCAUCUCCAAUACCAGCAUUCCCAGCAUCACGUUAUAAACCAGAGAUGGAGAGGAGACCAUUCCUUUCGAAGGAUGAUCAUGGACCAUCAUCCAAAGGCUAUCAUUAUCCACAGCAAUAUCAACAUCAACAACAACCUCAUAUACAUCAGAAACAACAGCCACCCGAUCAUCUUAAACAACAGUUAGAACAAUACAGACCGAGGAACAACCCAAAGUACACAUCAUACUUGAGCACUCAUUGGGCCGACAAGAACCCAUUGUUUGAGAAACAAGAGGUACUCCACGUGCCUCCCCUAGACAAGGACACAUUUCAAAGAUACAUGGACAUGCACAAGAGCGAAACACUGGUACAAUACUUGAGGGAUCAUAAUGGAAGAGCGGCAAAGUUGACGAGCGAAGUGUUGUCGAUUAUGGAGGAGGCGGAUUAUUGGAUUGCUUGCGCGUUGGUCAGUUACAUCAUAUCACCAAAGGUGUCGGGUAGCCCGGAUACUCGCCCACCACAUGACAUUGUCCAGCUGGUGCUGACGGUCAGUCGCUAUGUACUCAAUGUCAAGAAGCAGGCCAACAGCCCGCGCCAAGAACUGAUAAUGAACCUGGUAGCCACAUUCGCUGCCAGACACCACUUUGAGGCCAUCAACGCGUUGCUCAUGGACAGUGUCAAGAAGGACCGCGCCAACCCCGCGGGCGACGAGCACAUCACAUCGAUGUUCCGUCUGACCAAGCUACUGCAUCGUCUGCAGUCCGAGUACAUCGACGAUCGACGCAGCAGCAACCUGUUGGCCACCUACUUUGACGCCGACCACAAGGACUGGUCGGCCCUCAUGAUGCUGUCUGGCCUGAGCGUGCAGACUCGCGGCCUGGUCAGCCGUCUGGAACGAUCGAGCGACAUUAACAAAGAGUUCGCCAAAAUUAUCAACAACGAGAUGGAUGUCGACCACACGAUCCUGCCCGCCUUCAUCGUGCACAACGAGCUUGUCGGUUCGAUCGAGAUGGUGGAGUGUGUCGAGCGCCUGCUGCCGGGCUGCCAGUCACAGGCCAUCGUCUCCAAGAUCACAAACACCGUCAUCCUGCUACACCUUCUCACCGAGCGCUACGAGAUGGCACUUCAUUGGUACAGUCGCCGCAUCAUCAUGGGUCUCGUGCCCAACCAGAGCACGAUCUAUCCCUUCAUUGUCUAUCACGAGUUCAAGGGCGAUGGCCAUCAGGCCAUGAUGCGCUUCUGGGAGCAGCUGCUGCUCGACUUGCCCAUCGACAAGACACGUCGCGGCCACCACCGCAUGCUCUACAAGCGCAAGUUUAUCAAGACCAUUGGCCAGGUGUCUACCAAUCCCGGCACACCGCCCAAGACCGACGACUACCAUGAGCGCUCACUGGAACAUCUACUGGAACGCAAGCAGUUCCGUUCGAUCGAGCACAAGCUACACAAUCACUACUUUUCCAAAGGUCUGCUGCCGCAUGGCACCUUCCUGAUACGAAUGAUGAUCGACUUUGGUGGCCUGCGCAAGUGGCACAGUCUGGUACUGCACUCGCCCGACUACUUCCGCGCCAUCGCCUUCCGCUCCAGCAGCUACGUGCCCUACCUGCGCGACGACCUGGCGCAGGGCUGGAGGAACAUUCAGAACGAGAUGUCGGCGCUGACCCUGCCCAACAUCGAGAUUAUCAACUCUACGUUGUGCGGCCUUCUCAACAGCGGCCACACCGAGCUGGCCGUCAACAUCAUACUCAAGAUGUUCGAGAAGAACGUUACAGUGUACAGCUGGAUCUAUCCCAAGGUGGCCAGCAACUUUGUCGAGCUCGGCUAUUUGGACGAGCGUUACUUCACCAGCAUGCCGUCAUCCAACAAGGAGUGCCGCGCGCUGUUCCAGCUCAACAUGUUGGCGACGCGUAGCACCGAGCGCGCCUAUGCCUACCUGCGCAUGACCACCAGCGCCAUGAAGACGCGACCCUUCCUCAUCGUCGUCGCCAACCUGUUCGAUACGAUGCACGGACUAAAGGACACGACAAACGUCAUCAAACUGAUGGACUUCUUUGGCACGCCCAAGACCAUCAACAUGAGCAACCUAUACAGCGCGCUCUUCUACGUGAUUGAGAAGAAGGGCGGUCUGGGCCAGCUCACAAUGAACAUACUCAAAUUUGACAAGGGCUUCUUCAAGGACAGCCUCAACCUCACGAAUCAUCACACCGUGGCCGACAUCCUCUCGUCACUUGCUGCAGAGAGCCGACUGGAGGGUGCAAGGGAGCACCAAGUCGAGAUCUUCAAGAAGUUCACAGAUGGCGAGCCACACAAUCCCAGCGUACAUCUCGAGCGUAUUCGCAGGAUCAUGACCAGCACCAACAACAUACUGCGCGACCCAGAUAUCGAUACAAGGCUCGCAGCGCUGCCCGAGUAUGUCGAUAGGCCAGUGCCCCAAGAGAUCCUGGACGACAUAUCUGAGAAGAUAUUAGGCUUCCUGAAUACUUUGGAAUAA